GAAUGGCAACUGAAAGGACACCGGGAAUUACCGAGAGACUGAAGGGAUGGUACAACUGGCUAACCACCCACGUACCAUCAUCCAUCAGGAAGGGCGUGUCCAACGCUUUUAAUACCAUGACCAAAAAGGUUGUAAUACUCUACAGCGGUAAAGAGGAAGAAGAAGACCAGUGGUACGACGCAAGGGAGAACUUUAGCGAUGAGGAUGAACAGUGGUACGACGCCAAUCCGGAAGAGGGCCUAAAACCAGUCCUAACCAAGCGUGGUAUAAAAAAGAAGGUAAAGAAGUAUGUCAUGGCGAUCAUAAAUUCUGAAACAGAACCUAGGAACGUAGGCAUGUCCCUAGCAUGCGAGAUGAUAAGGAACGAUCCAAAAAGUGAGGAGGAAGUAUCCGUCGUCGCACACUUCAAAUCGAAAGCCCACAAACUCACUGGUAUAGAUGAUACGGAAGAGUCUUUUAACACCAUGAAGGAAAAAAUGCUAAAAUCCUUUUCCGAAUACCAGACGCGUGGUAGCGGGUGGAGGCUUCGGAGGGUAGAUCUGCUCGAAAUUCAUAUCGGAGAAUACCAACCGCUAAGGGGAAAGGUUACGCACCAUUAUCCGCGACGAUCAGGAAAAAGAAAGCGAUCAUCAACAUGAAGAACUACGACGAUGAAUGCUUCAAGUGGGCUGUGACACGCGCACUGAAUCCUAUAAACAUCCAUCCGGAAAGAAUUUCAAAGGAACUCAAGAAACAGUCCAGAAAGAUAGACUGGGAAGGGAUAGAGUUCCCAACACCCCUGAACAACAUCAGGAAGUUUGAAAACAACAACAGUAUCGGUGUUAACGUGUUUGGUCUUGAUGGAAGCCAUAAGGUAUGCCCCUUACGAAUAUCCAGCAGUACCAAUUCCAUAAACCUUUUCCUGUGGAAGAACCACUAUACUGUCAUCAAGGAUAUGUCGAGACUUGUAGGCGAACAGGUCAGCGAUCAUGGACAUAAAAAACACAUCUGCAACCGUUGCCUCAACGCAUUCGGAUCGAGCGAACUCCUGGAAAGACAUCUGGAGUUAUGUUCGAACAAUAACUAUCAGAGGCAUGAGUAUCCAGAACCCGGUACUACUACGGAGUUUAAAAAUUAUGAAAGAACACAAACCGUUCCGUUUGUCAUCUAUGCGGACUUCGAAUGCUACAUCGAAGGGAUGGACACGGUUGAGUAAAACGCUAACAGAUCAAGUACCACCCAAUACUAAAAGCACAAGGUUAGGGAUCACUGUCACUACACGGGAGCGUACAGGGGUGCGGCACACAGUACGUGUAAUUUAAGAAUGAGAGGACCGAGAUUCAUCCCGGUACUUUUUCACAACCUCGAAGGAUACGAUGCUCAUCUAUUCAUUAAAAACCUUGGGAUAAGUAGUGGAGACAUCAAAUGUAUUCCUAAAACGGAAGAGAAGUACAUUUCCUGUACUAAGGAGAUAGAGGUCGCUAGGUUUAUCAACGAAGAAGGAAAGGAGAAGAAGGCCAAAAAGGGAGCUAAGGUUCAUUGACUCAUUUAAAUUCAUGGCAAGCUCCCUGGACAAGCUCGUCAAGGGUUUGGGUAAGGACGACUUCAAAAAUUUGGAUUUGAUGUUAGGUCGUAACACUAAGGAACAGAGGGAGUUGCUUAAGCAGAAGGGUGUUUACCCUUAUGAAUAUAUGGAUGGUUUUGAGAGGCUUAAAGAAACAUCGCUCCCGCCGAAGGAGAAAUUCUUCAGCAGGCUUAACAACGAAAACAUCAGCGAUACGGAUUAUGAAAGAGCCUGUACCGUAUGGAAUACGUUCAACAUGAAGACCAUGAGGAACUAACAUGAUCUGUAUCUGAAAACGGAUGUCGAUCUUCUAGCAGAUGUGAUGGAAAACUUUAGAAAGGUUUGUAAGACCAACUACGGAUCGGAUCCAAUGUGGUACUACACAGCACCCGGGCUGGCAUGGGACGCUGCGCUGAAGUUAACCUGUGUGGAGCUGGACCUCAUAUCCGAUCCGGAUAUGUACCUAUUUAUCAAAAAGGGUAUUAGAGGCGGGAUCAGUACCAUUACCAAAAGGUAUGCCAAAGCAGAUAAUAAAUAUAUCAGACCACCUGAGGACCUGACCUGGUUGGAAAGGCUUAAGGUUACAGAACACCUUUGUGUGUUAAUUUUGCCUAAAAUUUUUUUAUUGGUUUUCAUGAAAGUAUUAGACUAGUUCUACUGCCUGACCAAGUUUGAACGAAAAAUGUUGGAAACUCGCAGAGUUAUAAUAAAAUACAUUUCGCUGCAAUAAGAAAAACAUUGAAAAUGUAAUAUUCAAAUUUUCUCCCGAAGAAUUUUACGGCAAUUACUGAUUUUCAAACGAGUUGUGCUCCUGCGGGUUUUAACGAAUUUCUCUUAAAUUUUCACAGGACGUAGCUAAAGACAUCAGUUUUAAAAUCAUAUUCGGCUUUGUUCUAAUUUUGGAUAUUUUAAUAAUAAAGAGCAAUUCACUCAAACAAUUCAGAAAUAUAUUGCAGUCGUCAAAGAAAUCGCCAUAUCAGCGGAAUGACGAAAUAAACAAAAAUUUCCGAACACUAUUUUUUAGAACAACUAUUUUACUGUUUAAAAAUGAUAUUUUCAUAAAUAUAACUUAAAACCAGCAGGAGCACAACUCAAAAGCGUAACGGUACCGCGAUUUAAGAUUUUCCUGAAUAAUUCUAACAUUAUUUUAUUGUUUGUUAAUUUUAUAACUUUACCAUAUUUUGCAUGCACUGGCGAACAUUUGGUGAAAAUUUGAUAAAAAUCGGACCGAUUUUGAGCGCGCAGUAGCGAUUUUCCGCAAAACGCCAAAAAGGGUGUCCUGUAACCUUAAAAGAUGGAUAAUGGAAAGGUUUUCCGGUCUACCGGCUGUAAUCAUGUCUAUGAUCAACUUGAUUACCACAAUCAUUACCGGUACAGAACUGGUGGUUCGUUGUAGUGAAAAGCGGUCUACAUACCUCCCCUAUAUGGACGCCAACAACCUAUACGGAUGGGCAAUGAGUCAGACCCUACCCAUCAAGGACUUCAAAUGGAUGACGACAACGAGUUGGAAAAAUGGAAGGAGCACAGCUGCAUCCUCGAAUUGGAUCUGGAACAUCCUGACGAACUACACGACAAACAUAAUGAAUACCCCUUCGCACCCGAAAGGAUAAUGGUUAACAAGGUGGAAAAGCUUGUUCCUAACCUCAACAACAAGGAAAAAUGCGUCCUUCACCACAAGAACCUAAGAUAGUACCUGAGCCUGGGGUUAAAGCUCACUAAGAUUCACCGUGUACUGAAGUUCUACGAAAAGCCCUGGAUGAAGGAAUAUAUCCAGCUCCACACGGAUCUGCAUACUAAAGGUAUUACAGACUUCGACAAGGACUUCUUUAAGCUUAUGAACAAUUCGGUAUUCGGAAAGACGACGGAAAAUGUUAGGAAUAGGGUCGACAUAAGACUUGUUAAUAACGAGAAGAAGUGGAACAAGCUGGCUCAGAUGCAUAGCUAUAAAUCUGCAACCAUAUUUUCCGAAAACCUAGUGGCAGUUCAUAUGAUGAAAACAUCCGUAAAACUGAAUAAACCUAUAUACUUAGGGAUGAGCAUUCUUAACAUCAGUAAGACCCUCAUGUACGACUUCCAUUACAAUUACAUUAAACCAAAGUAUGGGGAUGAUGCGAGGCUCCUAUUCACGGACACGGACUCCCUAUGCUAUGAAAUUAAAACCGAGGAUUUCUUCAAGGAUAUAUCCGGGGAUGUCUACGAAAGAUUCGACACCAGCAAUUUAGGUAAGGUAACCACCUAUCCGCAAUCCAAACGGGUGUAAACAAGAAGGUUAUCGGGAUGAUGAAGCUGGAAACGGGUGCAAAACAAAUUGAAGAGUUUGUGGGAUUAAGGUCAAAGCUAUAUGCUACAAAAUGGCGGAAGACGGUGGUGAGGAGAAAAAGUGUAAUGGGGGUCAAGAAAUAGUCAUCAAAAAAGAAAUAACAUUCGAAAAUUAUAAGGAAUGUCUCUUCAGCGGUGAGAAACAAUGGAGGGGAAUGAAUGUCUUCAGAAGUAGGUUACACGAAAUAUAUACGCAAAGGGUUUUCAAGGUAGCCUUAUCGGCAAACUAUGACAAGAGGAUAAUCAUGAAUGAUGGAAUCCACACGCUAGCAAUCGGACACAAAAGCCUAAGGUAGUAAAAACCUAAACGAACCAAUUUUAAUAUCAGAAGGAACAUUAGAAUUUAACGGGUCAACAGUAACCUUGUAAUUACGAAUCCAGACCCCAGUCCCAAUAUUCCGAUCGUGAUCUGCUGGUAUUCUUCCAUUUCGCUCGAUGGUUUGUAGUAAUCGUGAAUUGUUGGUUCUUUAUCCAGGGUUAAUUCCUUUUGCGCUUUCCGCAGGGAGUCCAGAGCACGGUUCGUCGUUUCCAUAUCCGAUUUGGCGUCGACCAGUUCCUGCCUGAGUAUUGCAAUUCUGUUCUUUUUUCCCACUUGACUUUCGUACCAUCUUUCUUUAACUCUGGCUAAUUUUUCCAACGCUUUGUUAUGCCUUUUCAUUUCGUCCUCGUACCCACUGUGGUUUAAUUUGCUGAACUGGUAUCCGGCUCCUGCGAAUGCUACGGCGUUGGAUAGUCCUCCGACUACGACGCUUGUCAUCUCCCUUUAUUAUAAUGGUUUAUUUGAAAGGAUCAUCCGGUACUAGUUUUUUGAACAUUGCAAGUAGUGAACUCCAACCGCACCGACUCCAAAGGCAACGGCUAUUUUUAGAAUUCCUUUCGGACUACUAAGUACUCGAGACUGUCACCUGCAAAUAUUUGCUUACCACGGACACAGCGACUGCUCCGAGUGUAAUAAGUCCGGCGUCGAAGGCUUCGUUCAUAAAGUCCUUUCUAUCUCCCAUGCUUUAUUAUAUAUGUUCUUAUUUAUUUUUUAGUCUUUUCCAGGUUUAUAGGUGUGUGUAGUUUUUUCGGAUUUAUCCGUAAGGACGUUUAUGAGGUCGUAUCCAAAUUCUGUAAUUCCCAGCAACACCAGAACUUGUUUUGGGGUAAAGCCGCUGUUUACUGCAAUUGCGGCAAUUGCGCCAAGCUCUUUUGAUGAGCUCGUUUGUGUUACUUACGAUGAGCUCGUUUGUGUUACUCAUUUAUUAUAUAGUGUUUUUCUUAUUUUCUUUUUCUGUAUUCAUUGUACAGGAAGUAGGUCAGUGCCAGAGCUAAAAUCCAAAGAUUCUUCGCCAGGAAAGCAAUCCCCUUUGCUCCCCAUGACAGAACCUUAGCGACGAGGUUUAGUACGGAUGCUAGUACGGGUCCAAUCUUUCCGGCUAGGUUUGCCAUUGCUUUUGCGAACUUGCUCGUUGCUCUCGCUCCCUUAGCUUUUUUGCUACGCUUCUAGCUCCCAUAAUAAUCGUACGUGGUGAUGAUACCAGCCACAUAUAUUGCUACGGCUGAUAUUCCAACUAUAUUUUCUCUUGCCCAUUUCUUAAAUCUUUCGAACCUUGUAAGGUCGUUUCUUUCUACCUCCUCUUCCACGAUGGACAUGGCUUUCGGUCCUUUUGGUCGUUCGUUCGAUCUUAACCUUAUUUCAUCCGCUUUCAAUUCUGCCAUGUCUGCCAUUGCUUCGUACAAGAGGGCCUUUUGUUCACGUCCUGCAAUUUGUUCGGUUUCAGCCAGUUCUUUCCAGUGAUUUUUUUCUAUUUCAAGGUACUCAAUUUUUUGCUUACCCGAGUUUCCUUUUACGUUCAGGAUACCUCCCAGUUCCCUUAGUUCGUUUUACGUUAUAAUUGUACUAUUACCGAUAGAUUCGCUUUGAUUGGACAGUUCGUCGUCCAUCCUUUCAACGAUAUUUUCCAAAACAUUAUCCACAAGUUCCUGAGGAGCAUCCAGGUUCUGUCGUUCAAGUUGUUCCUCCACUUGGGCUGCUGGUGUUUUUGAAUGCUCUAUUUUAGCUUUUCUAAUCAGUUCCUUGUAUUCGUUUACGACGGAUUCCUUGUUCUUGUCCGUGGAGUAUAUCAUUUUACCAUUUUUCGAGAUAAUGAUCUUGACAUCUUUGAAUGUCGCACCGUUAAUUUUUGUUCCGGCCUUAUUUGCGGUUAGCUUCAUUUUUUCGAAGAUGAUGGUGGAAGAUGGACCGUCCCUUUUAUUGAUAUUUACUCCAAGUUCCUUUUUGAGGAAAUCCUUUUUAUAGGCCCGUUUCAUUACCCCAACAUCCCGUCUGAUGUUCGGUGUGGAACCGCUAGGUCUUGAUCCGUUGACGUCCGGAUUGAAUCCGACGGGAAUUAAUAUACUUUCGUCCCGUCUAGUUGUUCGUAAGCUCGUUUAAGGCGUCGACCCAAUUGUAAGUCCAUUUGCUGCAGAAAUACUUCCACAUCAUUGUCUUCAAAGUUCUGUUGAAUCUUUCAACGAUAGUUGCCUUUCUGUCGGAGUUUGUGGAAAAAUAGCGGACGUCGUGUUUUUGUAAGAGGUCCCUAACACCAACAUUGUAGAAUUCCUUUCCCUCGUCGAACUGAGCAACUUCCGGGUAUUUCCCAAAGCUUUUCUUGAAUUCUUCCAGUAAUAAGUUCACCGCCCUAGUCAUGUUUUUCGUAUCUUUUCUGUAGACGGGAAUAGCAAAUCCGUACCGGCUCAGGAUCUCUACAGCUGUUAGUAUCCAGUAAUAUCCUUUGUUCUGAUUUUUGUAUUUUCCCAUAUCCACCAAAUCCAUCUGCACUUGGUCCGCCAGGUCCUUAACGAAUGUCCUUUGGAAUUUGUGUUUUCUAACGAUAGGCUUAUACCUUGUGUAGGUGUCCUGGGUUUUUAACCAAUCCUUUACUAUUUUCCUACUAACGUCCAGUCCCUCCUCCUUUGCCUUACGGUAGAGCUUCUCCGCGGAUUGAUAACCGGUACUUGGAUUGUAGUAGAUAUCACUUAACCCUUGUUCGGUAAUAAAGCGUCCGUCUUCCAUUUUAUUUAUGUGAUAUAAAAUUCGAGGAGUGCGGACAAGGAAAAUCUGUUGUGGGAACUGUUAUUAACAUAAACCCUACUUCCAAUAUCCUUGAAAAACGUUGUUGUUCCGUUUAGAUGUUGGUCGGUUGUCACGGGUAGCGUGCCCACCGUAAAACUUCCAUCACCAUCUACGUCAAAAUUUAGGGAUGUAUUAACAACAUCACUGUCUAUGGUAAUAUAUUUAAGAUCGCGAUUAAUAUCUAUAGGAUAGGGAGAUCUUUCCCACACUUCGGAGGUUAGGAUCUCCGUUUCUGGAAAUCCUAUUAGCGGAGCAAAUUCAUUUAAAUGUAAGUUCACCUUGGCUGCCGGAUAAAUUCUGCAGGUAUUGUCGUGCGUGUUUCGUUCUAUUUUUAUUCCGUCUGCCUUCAGUUUUUUCUUUAUUGCAUCGAAGGUCCAGUAGCCUUCGUUAAAUGUAAUUUUCUUCUGUCCGUAGGUAAUACUAUCGUUGACACCCGAACGUACGUUCUUAUAAGCCCAGUAGAUGGUCGCGUUCUUUAGGAUUAAUUCUGACCCCGCGUGUCCGGAAAGAACUCG